GGGAAGACCGAGGUUGCGCCCUCGAAACAGAGCCUGAGCCCUCCUCUCCACCUCGAGCCCUCUCGGCCGGUCCUGGGAGGCUGCGGGGCCUCCGGGCUUGGUCGGAUGAAGGCUGCAUUGUGGGGCCGCAUGCAUCGGGCACUAGAAGACGACUCCCAUCCACAAGCUCAGCCAUGUGGACCCCCAGCCGGCGUCAGCUCUGCCUGGUUUUUCUACUGGUCUGCGGGCUCUCUGUGAUCUCUCUGUUUCUCCACCUCCAUCAAGACCUCUUUCGAAAAGUUCUACACUUCUCCAUCCUUUGUCCAGACCACCACUUGCUGCGGUCCCCCGUGACCAUCGUGUGCCUGCCUAGCCCGUUGCCUGCAGCAAAUGUCUCCCCUUCCUGUCCCCAACACCUUGCCCAGCCUUCGGGAACAUGGACUAUCUCCCCAGAUGGCAGGUUUGGUAACCAGAUGGGGCAGUACGCCACCCUGCUGGCCCUGGCCCAGCUCAACGGCCGCCGAGCCUUCAUCCUGCCUUCCAUGCACGCCACCCUGGCCCCAGUGUUCCGCAUCUCCCUGCCCGUGCUUGCGCAUGAGGUGGAUGAUCACACGCCUUGGCGGCACCUGGAGCUGCAUGACUGGAUGUCAGAGGAAUACUCCCGUCUGAAGGACCCCUUCCUCAAGCUGUCUGGCUUCCCUUGCUCUUGGACCUUUUUCCAUCAUCUCAGGGAACAGAUCCGCAGUGAGUUCACCCUUCAUGACCAUCUUCGGGAGGAGGCCCAGCACCUACUGAGUCAGCUUCGCCUGGGCCACAGCAGGGGACGACCACGCACCUUUGUGGGUGUCCACGUGCGCCGUGGGGACUAUCUACAUGUGAUGCCCAAUCGCUGGAAGGGUGUGGUUGGUGACCGGGCUUACCUGCAGCAAGCCAUGGAUUGGUUCCGGGCCCGGCAUGAAGCCCCCAUCUUUGUGGUCACCAGCAAUGGCAUGAAGUGGUGUUGGGAUAACAUCGACACGUCUCAAGGUGAUGUGGUCUUUGCUGGCAACGGACAGGAGGGCACACCUGGGAAGGACUUUGCACUGCUCACACAGUGCAACCACACCAUCAUGACCAUUGGCACCUUUGGCUUUUGGGCUGCCUACCUGGCUGGUGGAGACACUGUUUACCUGGCCAACUUCACCCUGCCUGAUUCCGAGUUCCUGAAGAUCUUUAGGCCCAAGGCUGCCUUCCUCCCCGAAUGGGUGGGCAUCAAUGCAGACUUGUCUCCAGUGCAGGACUAGGCCAACUCUUGGGACUCAGUGGAAAUUUCUGGAAUGAUCUGAUCCAUUUAAAGCCUGCUGCUCAUGUCCCCAGAAGCCUGGUAACUUCUGGACAUGACAGCAGGUAGGCGCUCAUUUCCAGACUUGGAAAGGAUGAGGUUCUUUCUGGAAAUUUCUGAGCACUCUAGAGCCACCAGAGUAUCUGUCCCUGGUGGCUGAUCAUGUCUGGAGAAGCUCCCGGCAGCUCUGGAAGCCCCAGUCCCAGACCACGUCUGUAGGACUUGUGGGUGGCUGCUUAGAGAAACAAAACUCUCCCUUUUAGAUUGCAACAUUCCAGUAUUACUUCCCCUGGAUCGUCCCAACAAUGAGGCAAUGCCUGCUGUAUCCAGAACAAGCUCUCCCCAGCUCGCCUCCCAGGUUUCUGGGAGUGAUUCUGGAGGGGAUCUGUUCUACAGAAAGCAAAACUUCGGUGUCUCACACUGCCAGAAACAUGGAGCCUUGGAAGGCUGCCUCUCAAGAGCCGGCAUCCUGUCCUCCUGUGCUCACAGGCUGAGAGAAAAGGCAUGGGUAGUUUUGAGUAGAGCUGGCUGCCGUCCAACUGGUUAGGCUUUUUCUGUAGGGAGAGGGGAGUAAGCAGGCUAUAUCUAAUGUGAGAUAAAGGAGAGACAGCUACUGCUCAGACCCAGC